CCAUAGGAUCACCAGUGACGAUGCGAUGGCUGAUGGCGGCGAAGGUGUUCGUGGCGAGAAGGACGAUACCGAAGGCAAGGCACAGCUGAGCGGAUGGGUGCUGGCUUCGCUGCUGCGGGGGGAGGCCCCUGACUUGCUGGCGCGCUUUGUGGCGGAGCUGCCGCUGGAGGAGCCUGCGCACGAGCAGCUGGAGUCAGAUUUGCGCAGCUGGUGCCUCGUUUCUCCUGAGCCAGCUCUUGACGGAAAGGUUGAGCCCCAAAUGUCGCUCAGUGGCAAGCCGCCGCCUUUACCACGGAAGGAGGAGGCGCCCUUGCAGCAGCUUCGCCGGAAUCUGGCGGAGCUUGACGUCAUUAUGGCGCGCCUUGCGCACAGGAACGCGGAAAGGCAGGCUCCACGCGUUGAGGGCCCCGCCAAGUGCUGCGCGGGGCGAGCCCAGCCAAUGGCAACAGGCCUAGUAGUGCCCAUGCAGCCAGGCCAUUGCGCGCGGCAGGUAACGGCCUGGCGUUCGCUGGUUGCGCCGUUGGCGCCCAGCCCGCAGGCUCGGGAGACUUCCCGGAGAUACAGUGCCAGCCCAGCUGCGCCUCUACGAGAGGGCCACAGCGCUCAGCUCAACCGAGAGGACACGGUGGGUCGGCAGAUCAAUGACUUCAUCAAGGCUCGGCUGGGAGCCAGCGGUUGCCAAAGCGCCCGGAAACCGGCAGCACCCGCACGCAUCGUCACAGAGCUUGUGCCAUCGCCCGCUGCGCCGUCCGUACCGGCGUCGGCGGCCAGAUCUACUAGUCCUUGCCCGGUGCGCCCUGAGUGAACUAUUUUAAAAAACAUGCCCCGAGAAAUGCAAAAACAUGCUUUACAUUUCCCAUUUACUUUCCAGUUCCGAGCUCAGGGCGUUUCCGAGUAAAAACAUGUCCCAUUUAAUUCGACCCUCUUUUUCUUGUUCCGAGUCGAAUUCGGCCCAAGGCCUCCCUUCGGGCCCGCUCCGCGGAGUCGCUCCGAGG